GUUGUUAUUGGUGGAGGAGGAGGAGGAUCAGCAGGAGUCAUGUACAGCACAUCAACACUCCAGCUACAGUGAUGGCUGCUGCCUCGUGCAACCUCGUGUUACCCACCAACAUUUAAUUUUUCCGCCGACGUUUUAGGUUUUGAACAGCAUUUGUUGGCGGGAGGUAGAGGAAGUAUCAAGGAGGUGCAGCUAGUAGACGUUCAUCACCAGAGGGAAACCUUGAGGCACAGUGCACAUAUAAAGAGGAAAUUAACCUGAUACUUCCAUCAUGGUUGCCAAAAAAAGAAAGACAAAGCGUUUGACUUUUAAACUCAAGUACAAAAUAGAGAAAAAAGUGAGGGAUCACCAUAAAAAGCUAAAGAAGGAGAAAAGAAAGCAUCCAGAAAAGUUUAAAAAAAGAACAAAAGAUCCUGGAGUGCCAAAGAUACUCCCAUUCUAUGACAAGGUCAUACAAGAGGCAGAAGAGGCAAAGGCAGCAAAAGAACGUCGCAGGGAAGAGGCUAAACUUAGAAGACGUGAGCAGCGAGCUCAAGUUCUCGCUAAAAAGAGGGAUAUUGGAAACAUAGAUGAACUCAUUCGAACUGCUGAAGAACGGGGUGCCAAAUUUGAGGCAGAUCAAAAAAAUAUCCAAGAUAUUAAUGGCAGCUUAAGUGACAGGUCUGCAAAAGCAUACUACAGAGAAUUCAAGAAGGUAUGUUUGAAUAUUUUGAUUUGCUAAAGCAUGAACACGUAA